GCCAAACAAGGCUCAAAAAACUGGCACCCAACGCACGAAGCCGUUCCCAGAAACCCUUUCCAACUCCCAAUUACAUCUAAUCGGUUGAUAGCCAUUACAUCUCUUAGACGUUCCUACCACUUGCUUUUAAAAAACUUAACUUGCAUUAAGCUCAGAUCCGUAAAAAAUGUCGUCUGAAGUCGACACUGAGCUCGUGCAGCUCGAAUUAUCGCCUCAAUUAAGAGCAAACUCAUCGUUCAUGAAGAUCAUGGCAACUUUGUUUUACUAUGGAAACUCUGCAAUGAAUGCUGCUCAACUUGUUGUUGCAGUACGUGCCCUGAAUCUUUUGCCACUUAGAGGCGAAACACCGAGAAGUACAAUUCAAGGAAUUAUCUCUACGUCCAGAAAGACAGCAAGAGACCUGCAUCAGCCCGACCCAUUUCAAAUUGAUAGAGAUAACAGUGCGCGAGGGGCUGUAUACUCCAUAGCACCAGAAGUCUUGAAUGGUGCUGAACCUCUACAAGGACAUGAUGUUCCUGACGAGCCUAUCGUCCUCAAACCUGUACGUCGCGAAACUACUGGCUCUUCUGGAGGUGGUGGUGGUAGUGGAAGCUCCAUGAUUAAUAAGCGAGCAAGGAAGGCUCCAAAACCAUAUGAACCUUCAUCCUUCCGCCCAAGUUCAAAGUCCAGUAAGCUGCGGCGCCCUGGAUCAAAAUCGAGCAAUGGCUCAUCUAAAUCACGUACACGCAAGGUCCAAUAUCGGGAUGAUUCAGAUUCUGAUCUGUUUUCGGAUGACGACGAUGUAGAUACUGAUGAUAGCGCUUCGGGUACAGGUUCACCUAAUGGCUCUCGAUCCAAUUCGCGUGACCGCCUACCUAUAGAUGAUGACACAAUCAAAAUAUAUUCAUUGCUGUAUGCACCGCCGACAGAUGACCUCAACUAUAUACAAACAGCCAAUGUUGAACGAUAUCCAGCAGCUUCUCAUUUUGCUGUGUCACAACAGACUGGCUAUUCAUACCCGCGAUUCCGAUCACACGACAAAAUCAAGAUACCAAAAGACUGCUGCGAAGAUAGGUUUGCUGUUCGCGACAUCAAAUUGCUAGACGAAAAGACACAAGAGCUCUCGAUAGCUGGUAGAGUCUUCGUUCUUGCAGAUGGUCAUGGUGGUCCAGGUUGCUCAGAAUACUUUAUCCGACACGUCCCAGUUGCCGUUCAAACCAUAUGCGCAAAAUAUACAGCGGAACAAGUGAGCGAGCUCGAAAUCCAAACUAAACUGGAAGUCGAGUUCAAAGAUAUGGUUGCUGAAUUGGAUGAAGAGUAUCUUUCCAUCAAGCGCGAGGAAUUUCAAAAACAAGCAGAAUUAAUGGAAGUAGAUAAGGCAAAGAAAUUGGAACCAGCGACGGCUGGUGACUCUGAUGCCAUGGAGACAGACGAGGCAUCCGACAACCCCGGCACAAAAGUGAAUAAUGACGGAUGUACACUCAUCAUUAACUUGCUGGUGGGCGAAUGGCUUGUUAAUAUCAACGUUGGCGACUCGAGAACCAUUCUGAUGUCAGCUCCAGAGUAUACGAAAACCAACGUGAACGGCUAUGAUUAUAGCAAUUCACCAGUGAUUGAUCAAAACUACAAGAUGGAUGUCGUGUUCGCAUCGCAAGACCAUAAACCCUAUUUAGAGCAUUUGGCGCGCGAAAUCAUGGACAAGGGCGGUGAAUUUGUUGAUUCGGUUCAAAAUCGGGUAAUUCGAGUAGAUCUUGAUAAGACCAAGGAUGAUGGAAAUCGACAUGCAAAGCGACUGGCCUUAAAACAUGCUCGUAUUCGACCUCGCGAUUACCAACCUCCUGCCGGCCACGAGUACUGGAAAGCCAACUCUUCUUCUCCUAAUUCCCCAUUCACCAUUAAUGGCAAUGGGCAACAAGUCAAAGUUCGUAUACGUGACGAUAAAAUCCCAUCUCUCAAUGUAGCCCGGUCGUGCGGUGACUUGGACUUCAAAAUGGACCCCAAACGCAAGAUCAUCUCAUGCGAACCUGAUAUCACUUUUGUUCGGGUUCUGGACCACAGUCAUCGACAACAAGUAGCUCAUGAAGGAAAUGCCAUCGUCGACAGCAAAACUAAACCAAGACGCUAUUUCUUAUUCAUGAGCAGUGAUGGAUGUUUCGAUCAUAUGCAUGAAGAAAUUCCAGAGAAACAGAACCGAAUCGUUGCCAAAGGACUCGGACAUUUCAUUGAAGAAGGAGAAAAGUUUGGAGAAGCUUACUGGAGUCGAGAAGAAGAUGAGAUACUGGAUGCUUUGGAAAAGCAAGCAAGUGACGCCGCCGCGACAGCCACUCAACCGCCUAGUAGUGCUACCGACAUUUCUACGGUGAAACCCGCUGCAGACACCACCAAUUCCCACGAAAACACCAUUGACAAUACGACAACAGCCAUGGAAACCACCGCCACAGAGGACGGAGCUACUGCAGAUGUGUCAGCGACUAUUGAUCAUACUGCAGGUACACCCAUGCAAACCGAUACACCGCCUGUUAUGGAUGGAGUAGACCCACCAAGGGCUGCACCUCGACCCUUGCUGGUGGUGCCUGAGUUGCCUAGAGAAGAAAUCAAACGACGUCGUAUUAAGGAGCGCAUCUUAGCGAAUACCGUGCGAUAUUUCACCAACCGUGAAGGAGAUCUCGCUGUUUUUUCAUCCACACUUCAGGAUUAUGAUGAUUGCACUAUUGUCCUUGUGGAGAUAUAAAACAACAAAAAGAACCACCUCCGCUCAAAACAAAACUCUUCUGUCAUUUCUUUACUUUAGCCUGUAAAUGUAGUCCUCAGAUGCUUCGCCCUUGAUAUCGAUGGUCUGUACAUAAUUGCAACCUCUUUUUCCCUCCUCACGACCCAUGUUUCCUCUCUUCUCUCUCUCUUUCUGUCUCUUCUUCCGUGCCCCAUACGUUUUGUUCUGCUCGAUAAUAAAACAGAUCCUAUUCAUCGAAGAAGGUUUAUGUCAGC